AUGGCGACAGCACUCAGACUGAGGCCUAACGGGCUGAACCGGUGGCUAGCAUUGGCGCCUAUGACAUCCACAAUUUCCGGCCAGUGUCGUGCCGCAGCUAUGCGCACUUACUCGACCUCCGACCGUCUUCCGAAGAUCGCGGACGCCUCAGUAUGGACGGCCAUGAUCCCCGCAUUCAUGCGACGGAAGCGAUCGCGCACGGCGGACGAAAAGAAAAAGUGGAAUCCGGCCACUUUCUACAUCGUCAUGUUCACACUCAUCGGCUCGCAAGCCAUCCGUAUGCUCACCUUGAAGAACGACUAUACUGCGUACCGUCGGACUGUGGAUGCCAAGAUUGAGCUCCUGAAGGAGGUCAUCAGGCGUGUCCAGAACGGGGAAGAUGUGGACGUGGAGAAGUUAUUGGGUACUGGAGACGAGGCGAAGGAGAGAGAAUGGGAAGAAGUCUUGCAAGAGAUUCAACGAGAAGACAACCUUUGGCAUGAGAAACACAAAUCUGCACAACAACCGGAAAACAACACACCGAAGAGCGAGGACAAGGCACCUCAAAAGUUAAAAGGAAAAGAAACGGCACCCACAGUGAAUGCGGAUGAAGAGGCCACGCAGACCAAGCCAACAAGGAAGCCUACCUUCUUCUAA